GUAUAUAUAAUCUAAAAAAAUUAAAAGACUGAAACGGAAAGCAUGUCAGGAGCAGAGGUACAGGGAUCUUUGAAGGAAGCAUUAUUUGAAACAUUAAAUGGCAUUCUUGCAAUUGAUCGAGACAAUCGAUUAGCAGCUGAACAGCGUUUAGCAGCUUUGGAAGUAACGGAAGAAUUUGGAAUUCAUCUAACUGAAUUUGUAGUGGGUCCCCAUGGUCCAUUUGAUAUUAGACAACUUGCAUCCAUUCUAUUAAAACAGUAUAUAGAAAAUCACUGGAAUUCACUAGCAGAAAAGUACCGCCCUCCUGAAUUAAGACCACAUGUGAAAGAAAAAAUUAAAUUAUUAUUACCAUUAGGAUUGCAUGAUUCAAUGAGUAAAGUAAGAGCUGCAGUAGCUUAUGCAAUAUCCAGAAUUGCUCAUUGGGAAUGGCCUGAAAAUUGGCCUGGACUUUUUGAUAUUCUUGUUAAUUGUUUAAGUGGUGAAAAUGAAUUUGCAGUUCAUGGAGCAAUGCGAGUUUUGACUGAAUUUACAAGAGAUUUGACAGAUACGCAUCUACCUAAUGUCGGCCCAGUCAUACUUCAAGAAAUGUAUCGAAUCAUUCAAAGUGAUACUCAAUAUUCCAUUCUUACACGGAGAAGGGCAGUUGAAAUAUUUACAACGAUAUCAAGUUUAGUUGCCAAAACUGGAAUGUAUAACCGAGGUUUUAUUGAACAGCAUUUGCUACCAGUUAUACCCAUGUUCUGUGAAAAAUUUGUUCAAUGUUUAAGUGUGCCUAAUGGAGACAGUGAUUUUAAAACAGAAAUUAUUAGAGCAAUUAAUUGUUUAAUUUUAAAAUUAUCUAAGUAUAUGACUACUUAUUUACCUCAACUCUUAGUGUCUAUAUGGACAACAUUAAGGCAAAGUGCUGAAAUUUAUCAAGAAGAAGUAGUUAAUGGAUAUGAAGAAGUACAAGAUGUUGAUUCUGAUGGUGAAGUAAUGAAUUUUAAUAAUCUUAUUAUUGCUACUUUCGAAUUUGUUAGUACAUUAAUUGAUCAUAAAAAAUAUGCCAAUCUUUUGAAUAACUUCUUAUCUGAGAUUAUGUAUUACAUAAUUUUAUUCAUGCAAGUAACAGAAGAUCAAAUUGAGUUGUGGACAAAUAACCCAAGUCAAUUUAUUGAGGAAGAUGAUCAGUUUGUAUAUUCUUUUAAUGUUCGAAUUUCAGCUCAAGAACUUCUUGAGACCCUUUUAUCAUAUUCAGAAGAAAUUGCUGUAAAUGCACUUUGUGGUGCCAUAACUAGGCAUAUAGAAGCAAUAAAUAAUCCACAGUCACCUAAUUGUGUAAGAAGACAUGCCGAUUCAUUAUGGAAAAUAUAUGAAGCAUGUAUUGUAGCCCUGAAUACUACUAAGGAUGCAGUUAUUGAGCAACAUCAAUCUGGCAAACUUCAGUUUGAUAUAAUUAGAUUCCUAGAUAGUAUAGUAUUAACAACUCUCAAUAAUUCUGGAGUUCAUCCUUUACUCCUUGGAAGAUGUUUAUCUAUAGGUGGACGGUAUGCUAAAGAAUUACCACCUGAAAUGAGUUCCAGGUUUUUAGAAGCUGCUGUGAAUGGUUUGCAAGAAGGUCAAUCCAUUUGCAUACGUAUUAACUCUAUAAAAGCUAUUUAUUGGUUUUGUGAAGCUGCUACAUUAGAAAAUAAUACACUUCUUGAUAUAUUACGUCCACAGUUAAUUACAAUUUUUCAAGAGUUAUUUGUUUUAUCCAGUCAACCAUCUAAGAAAAUUCUAACCCUUGUCAUGGAAACGUUUUCAGUAUUAGUUUUGGUGGAUAAGGUAUUCACAGCUUCAGUUGAAAAUAAACUUUGUCCACUUAUAAUUGCAGUUUUUAGUAAAUUUCAUAGUGAUCCAGAAAUAUUGAAUUUAUGCCAAAACAUUUUUAAGGAAUUAAGCGAAAACCCUGAUUGUAUCAGCCCUUUACAAACACGUUUGGUACCCACAUUAAUUAAUAUGAUGAAUAUAGCACCACUAAAAAAAUCAACAGAUGAGGGAAUACGUGGUGUAGCCUUAGAUGUAUUGGAAGUUCUAGUGAAAUAUUCUCCUCAACCCUUAAGCAGUGCCUUAAUAGAGUCUGCAUUUCCUGUAGCAUGUCACUGCAUUUUAGACUCCACAGAUAAUGGAACAUUACAAAAUGGUGGUGAAGUAAUUCGCACUUAUCUCUCAGUUGCUGCCCAUCAGGUGAUUGAUCAUCAAGAUAAUGAAGGUCGAACUGGUUUACAAUAUAUACUGCAAAUCAUAGCCCAGCUGUUAAACCCACAGUCUAGUGAAUUUACUGCCACAUUCGUUGGCCGAUUAAUCACAACAUUAAUAAGAAAAGCUGGAAAUUCUCUAGGAGAAAAUCUUGAUUUAUUGUUAAAAGCUGUUCUUAGUAAAAUGCAACGAACUGAAACUCCAACAGUGAUGCAAAGUUUAUUAAUGAUUUAUGCUCACCUAAUUAAUUCUGAGUUUGAUGCUGUAUUAAAUUUCUUAUCGACAGUUCCUGGUCCAACUGGUGAAAGCGCACUUGCUUUUGUAUUAACCGAGUGGAUGAAUAAACAACAGUUGUUCUUCGGUAAUUACGAUCGUAAAGUAGCCACUAUUGCACUUUGCAAAAUGUUGGAAUAUGGAGUUACUCAUGAUGAUAGUAGAUUGAAUGAAAUCACGGUUGAAGGCGAUUUAAUAUGUUUAGAGAAUGAAUCAACGGGCAUGAGAACCAGAGGAAAAAGUCAAUCUGCACCAAUGCAGUGGACCAAAAUUCCAGUUCUUGUUAAAAUUUUUAAACUUAUUGUAUAUGAACUAGGACAUUAUCUUGAGGCCAAUUCUGCAGAAGAAGAUAUAGAAGAAUCUGACGAUGACGACGAAGGUGACGAAGGUGGAGUAAUAGAUCCUGGUAAUGAUGUGUCAUUAUUACUGGAAAAUUACGAUGACGAAAGCGACGAAGAAGAAGAUAUAGAUAUAAAACAAGAUUCGAUAUACCAUUUAAAUCUUGGCCAGUACCUGCGAGACUUUUUACAAAAUUUUUCUACGCAUCAUGGUUUUCUUGUAUUCGCACAACAUUUAAACACUUCCGAAAGGAAAAUAUUAAAUAAUAUUAACAUUUUUUAAUAUUUAAACCGAAACAUAUUU